AUGACGUCUUUCUGGGAUCUUGAACCUGAAGCCGGAUCUUCACUUGAGAGUCUGACUGAAGCAAGUGAUCCUGACUGGAAGGCAAUCCUUGAGGACCCAGAAUUGUUCACAACUUACCGAUUAAAAGAACAAUAUUUAAUAACAUUUUUAACAAAGCCUUCAAACUUUGAUACACUAUUAAAAUUCGUAUUUGGUAACGAUGCAAAGCAAUCAAAACUCGUUCUAAGCCUAUUUUUAGGUCAAAAAAGUGAAUUAUUACAACAACUUUUCAGUUCUAACGAAAAUAUCACAAAAUUAUUGAAUCUAUUCGAUGCUUCAAACGAUAAGCAUCUCGGAUUUGUAUCUCGCUUAAUUACAACAAUUAUAGAACAAAAUCAAGAAAUUUUUUAUCAGAAUUUCGAUAUGUUAACUCAUUUUCCAAAACUUGUUGCAUUACUCCACAAGAUUUCUAUAUAUGAUACAGUAGAUAAAAUCAUUUUCUCUCAAGAAACUAAAAAACAAUGGUUAAUUUGGUCAAUGUUCCGCAUUUUCGUUCCGAAAUUAACAGUCCCUAAAUUGUUUGAAGAAAAUUCCAAGACAAUUCUUUCUUUAAUUGAGAAAAUCAAAACAAUUAAAUUUACAAUGUCUCAUAGAAUAAAUAUGAUGAAAAUUGUAUCCAAAUUCAUAAACCAGAACUUAGAUAACAAGGAAAUUACUGAUAUUCUUCAUCCAAUUUUGCCGAAAUUGUUAUAUGCAACAGAAAAUAUUCAACUUAUCAAACUUAUUCUUGAUUUAUCUGUAACACAACCUCCGUCAACUCAUACAGCAUCGUUUGCAAUCGAAUUUAUGCAGAAAUCGCCGAAAUUUACUCAGACAUCUGCUUCAGCUCUUCGAUAUUUGGCCAAAUACCCGUCAAAACAGACAUUGGUUAAUUUCCAAGCCAUUUUUGACUCAUUUUUGGCAGAUAAAAACAAUACUUUUCAUCAUGAAGCAUUUUUCGAGCUUAUAAAGAGUGGAAUGAAGAUUCAAGACUUCAGGAAGGUAAUAAUUGAGAAAUUGCCACCUGUUAUCUUGUAUUUGGCUCAAAAAGAGAAAUGGAGAAAGAAUCUUCCAUUUGUUACUUUCCUUUUAGAAAUUGCACUCGCCAUUGAUGAAUUCAUCACUAACAAUGAUAAAUGGACAGCAUUUAGGAAAAAUGAGCUCUCUCUUUAUAAGACAAAAGAUGAUAUUGAUAUUUCUUAUCUUUUAUCUGACGCAAAAAUCGAUUUUACAAAAGAAUCUGCUAUAGAACUUUCAAUGGAUAGGUCCAUGGCCACAGAAUCUCAUGAAACAAGUCAAAAAGAAGAAAAUCUCAAAAAAUCUGAAGAAAAUAAGACCGAAUUGCAGCCAAAUAUGGAAUUUCCGGCAUUUGAAGAAUCAAAACCUGAAGAAAAUCAACAAUCUGCUCCUGAAUUCCCAGAAUUUGAAGAAAAUCCUUCUAAGAGCGCUACUGGCGUUAAAAACGACGAAAAUGUAGGAUUUGGAGAUCAGAAAGUUGAAUUCCCUGCAUUUGAAGAGUUUAAACCAGAAGAAAACCAAAAUUCUGCUCCAGAAUUUCCUGCAUUUGAAGAAAAUGCACCAAAACCUGCUAAAUCAGAUGCUAAACCAGCAGAUAAUAUUGGAUUUGGUACAGGAAGCGUUGAAUUCCCUACUUUUGAAGAAAAUACGAAAUCUGAUCAAAAUUCAGGAGAAACAAAAAUAGAAUUUCCUUCUUUCGAUGAGGCCAAGCCACAAACUCAAAAUGAAGAAAUUCCAACAGAAUUUCCAACAUUUGGCGAAGUUAGUGAAAAUGGAGAUUCUCAACCCCAACAAUUACAAUUCCCUUCAUUUGAUGAGCCACAAAAAGCUGAAAUUUCUCAACAAGAACCAAAAUUAAAUUCCGAAAAUACUCAAUUUCCUUCUUUCGAAGAAGCUGAACAAGCUCCGAAAACGCCCUUCCCAAGUACCGAAGAAAAAUCCGAGGAAUUUAAGAAAUUUAUUGAGAUGCUUAACGAUGAAUGCUGGCAACAGCAUAUUCCUGAUAUUUCAAAGUUGUUUGAUACAGCGGAUAACCUUUCUGAUCCAAAUGAAUCAUUUAAGUUUAUCAUCAAAGCUGGUUGGUAA